ACACACACAUACACACACACACACACACAUUCACCCGCUCCUGGUAUUUCAUGAUGGCCUGAUACGAUGAUUAUUUAAAAAAUGAACGUGAACGUGACGUUCACUCACGUUCAUCAUAUGAAAGAACUGAUUCGUUAAGUUCACCGUUCGCGAAAAAUAUGCGCAACAUGCACUGUACAGGGAGCCACUGCAGAGGGGCCGCAGGUUGACGACCGCUGCUCUAUGCAAACAUCUUCUCAAGUGGAUCCUUGUUUACUGAAGACACAUGCUCCUCUAACCGUUAACCUUUCACUGGCUGGGCUAAUUUCCUAUAGGCUGCAAGAGGUCACAUGACGAGAGCGCCUCAAGAUACGGUAGUAACCAACUUUUGUGGAUCUCCAAUACGCGUAGUUUGUUGAAAAUGAGUAUUCCCGUAGUGGACUUCGGUGCAUGCGGCCUGGAUUUGCGAGGUGUGCAGAACGAGCAGCUGCAGGGUUUGGCCAAAGAGCUGAAAGCUGCUUUUACAGAAGUUGGAUUUGUGUUCCUGAGAAACACCGGGAUCAAGGACGAGGAGGUAGUACGUGUUAUGCGCAUUUCCAGGGAUUUCUUCCUGCAGCCGGAUGAGGUGAAGCAGCCCUUCAGCAGGAAAACCUUCGUCAACAGUCCCAACCACGGCUGGGUGUCUCUGGAGGCUGAGAGGUUGAAUCCACGUCGACCUGGGGACCUGAAGGAGGCAUUCAAUACAUCCUCAUUCCACCCUGACAUAAAAUGGCCAGACGCUGUUACGGACUUCCAGGAGAUCCAGACGUCUUUCUUCCAGCGCUGCAAGGAGCUGAGCCUGCGGGUGAUGAGGGUGAUGGCCCAGGGUCUAGGUCUGGACCAAGAGGUGUUCCUGGGUGCACACAGCUUAAUAGGAACUGAUGAGAACGGCACGACGCUGCGGUCUCUGUUCUACCCACCAGUGGACAGUGGGAAAGCCAAGGAGGGUCAGCUGCGGUGUGGAGAGCAUUCUGACUACGGCACCAUCACACUGUUGUUUCAGAGCUCUGAGGGUCUGCAGGUCCGUAAACGUUCAGGGGAAUUCAUCUGUGCUCCCUGUGUCCCUGGAGCCGUCCUUGUCAACAUCGCUGACCUGAUGCAGCGUUGGACCAGCGACCAGUUUGUUUCUGUGAACACAGGAGGCGCGGUCAGAGCAGCUCUAUGGAGGACUGCUUGGCAGAAUGGGCUCCAGGCACAAUGCUGGAACAAUCUACGACCUGCUCUUCAUGUUUACCUCAUGCAGCAAAGAUUACACAAAUUGUACAAAGCUGAUAUGCAUAAUGUGUCUAAUGGCUACUGAUCAGGUACUAAUGAGAGACAGGACCAGUUUAUCUAGUAUUCCAACAAAUUAUUUUUUGGCACAAUGGUGGAUUGGUUUGUUGACAUGGAAUCUAAAACCAGCUGUUUGGUGUUGUAGGGCUGAAGAAUGGAAAAUUACAAAUGGAUCCUGACUGUUGACCCAUUCGCAAACACAUUGAUUCAAUUUGUGCAGAACUUUCUGUAGCCGUCCGGGGCAAUUUGGGGUUUAGUGACUUCAGCACCCAGAAUAAAGGAGCCCUUGAUUGAGCAAACUGUCUGGUUUGUGACUGGCCUGCUCUACCUCCUGAGCCACAGCCACCUGUCUUUAAUAGUUUAAAUACACAAGUCAUGUCCUAAAAUGGACCAAAAUGGCAAAGUUCAGUCUACACCUGACUAAUUAUUAUGGGAGUUAAACACACACCCUGCAGGUACUCCCAUGACAGUGUCAAGUGAAAGCUUUUAUCAACAAAGCAAACCCUCACUUUUUUUGCAUUUUACCAAGCAGUCCCCAAGGCAUAACGACACCACACAAAAUGAAAACCCAGCAGUUUAAAGUCAGAUCAAACAUGCACUUGAGUGCACUUCUGUGUAAAGCAAAGAGUCAUGCAAACUCAGUGAGCUGGCUUCCCCUUUCUCAAUCCAGUCUCUUAAAACCAGUGAAUAUACCUCUGGUGAGCUAGUUCUCUCCAACAAAGGAAGUAAAGCUAAGAAUACCUAACAUGCUGACGUGUGAACACUCCCGAGAAUCACGUCAUGUUUGAAACCUGGAAUUCUCUAUAGGCUCAUGCAUUCUAAUUUUAGCAAAGAAAAAGGUGCUCUUCACUGAGAUUAAUGUAUUAUACUGUAUUACUGUAAUUAUACGGGUUAGGGUUAGGGUUAGGGUUAGUCCUGUGAUGCAUUUUCAUAAUAGAAAUUACCUACAUUACCCACAAAAUGUGGUCGCAACAAACAUGGGAUGAAAAGUAGGAAAACCAUUGACUCCCAACAAAGUGUUGAAUCGAACUAUGAGAUACCCAACUAGUAUGUAUGCUAAUGGUGUGUGUGUGUGUGUCUGUCCUCUGUAUGUGUGGGAGGCUGACGAAUGUAGCAAACAGUGGUCAGGAGUUAUUCCCUCUCUAACUGUACCGAUUU